AUCAGAUUCUUCAGAGUUCUUACCUUCCCGGUUGACCGAGACUCACGUUAACUCUGACCCCUCUCCCUCUUUACUAGCAGAGCACUUUGUUGAAAACCCAAGUAGCCCUUUUGUCUUCUUUAGUUUAAUAGAUUAAAGCAUCUUUUAUUUAUUUUUUUUGUUGCUCCCCAACAAGGUGGAGGAAUGUCACAUUAAUCUUACUCUUCGUGGACUGAGUUGAUCACCUGGCCUGUUCUCUGUCCUGUGAGAAUAGUCUCCUCUUCACAUCAUCACUAAGAACUGACCCGUACAGUUUACCCUCGGAAACCCUUUCAGCAAGAGAUCGGGAUGGUUCUCAAUGUGCCGGGUCUGGUGGUCAUGGCGGGGUUCUACAUGCUGAUCUUGGGUACGGGCAUCUGGGCAUCCAUGCGUUCCAAGAAGCAGGAAAAGAAGUGCUCAGGAGACGGCAUGGAGAUAACACUUCUGGCCGGACGCAGCAUCAACUCACUAGUCGGCAUCUUCACUCUUACUGCUACAUGGGUGGGUGGAGGCUUCAUCCUCGGUAUAGCUGAGGCAACAUACAACCCGACACUGGGCGCGGUGUGGGCCCUCAUGCCUGUGCCAUAUGUCCUGACCUUCUUCUUAGGUGGGUUUUUCUUUGCCAAGCCUAUGAGAGAGAACAAGUAUGUAACAAUGAUGGACCCCUUCCAACAAAAGUAUGGGAACGUUGUGAGCAGUGCGUUGAUCUUUCCCGCUCUGGUGGCUGAUGUCCUGUGGGUGGCACGCACACUUGUCAGCCUGGGUGGGACCAUGAGUGUAAUCCUGGACCUGCCCUACGUCUACUCCAUCAUCAUCUCCUCAGCGGUGGCCAUGAUCUACACACUGCUGGGGGGGCUCUACUCUGUGGCCUAUACGGACGUCAUCCAGCUCAUCCUCAUCUUUGUCAGUCUGUGGGUGUGUGUCCCUUUCCUGAUGACCAACCCUCACUCUAUGGACAUCUCACUGACGGCCUACAACGAGACCUUCCAGGCUCCCUGGGUCGGCACAGUGGAGCUCGAUGAGGCCGGCAAGUGGUUCGAUGACUUCAUGCUGUUGGCUCUGGGGGGUUUGGCCUACCAGGCGUUUUACCAAAGAAUUCUAUCCGCCUCGUCUUACACCCAGGCCCAAGUUACCUGCUUCGCCUCCUCAGGCUUCUGCCUGGUGCUGGGGAUCCCCUCCAUUCUGGUGGGGGCUGUGGCCGCCUCUACAGACUGGAACUCAACCAGCUAUGGAUUACCCACCCCGUAUGAACGCAACCAGGCAGGCUCAAUCCUCCCCAUCGCCCUGCAGUUCCUCACACCACCCUACGUCUCCAUCAUCGGCAUUGGAGCUGUAGCUGCCGCGGUCAUGUCCUCGAUGGACUCAGCUCUUCUGUCCUCCGCAUCAUUGUUUUCCUCAAAUAUCUACAAGAACAUCCUCAGGAAGCAGGCAUCCGACCGUGAGAUGAUGUGGGUGAUCCGUACCUCGGUGGUAGUGGUGGGUCUGGCUGGCACCGCCCUCACCUUCCUGGACAACAGCGUUCUGGUCUUCUGGCUCGUGGGCGUGGACAUGUCCUACACGAUCAUGUUCCCUCAGCUGGUCUGCGUCCUCUUCUUCGAGGUGUCCAACGGCUACGGGGCUACCCUGGGCUACUUGAUGGGGAUGAUCCUGCGUUUGCUGAGCGGCGAGCCCCUCAUCGGCCUCCCGGCCGCCAUCCACUUCCCCGGCUGCCGCUUGGACGCCGAGGGAAAGCUAACCCAGUACUUCCCCUUCCGCACCGCUAUCAUGGUCACGUCGCUCUUGACUAUCCCGCUCUUCUCCUGGCUGAUGGCCGUCGUUUUCAACAAGGGCCUGCUGUCUGAGAGGUGGGACGUGUUCCAGGUCAAACGACAGGAGAAACCAACGGCCGCGGCCGCAGCCAUGGACGACGAGAGGACCAACUGUGGUACGGAGGAAGCCUCCACCGCCAAGCAAUUACUGGACACCACGCGCUGCUGAAGGGCGGAUGGAGAGGGAGAGAAGAUGGCAAACAUGUUCUAUUUUCUGCUAAGCAGGGGGGGGGAUUUGGAGCAAUCGUCAUUAGCGGAGUGUGAUCUGAGCACCUCGCACUACUUCAUGAGUGGCCUCUUUGUCUUCCACAGAGAAUACACUGAAAGGAGGCUUUCUGGGGGGGUGUCAGCAAUUCAGAUGUUAUCCCUCACAGCAUGUAGAGAAAGUCCUUCUCACAUAUAAGGGCCAAGCGAGAAAUGCUAAGCACUGCUGCGUUACAUAUAUUUAUGUUGUCUAUAUAAAAUGCAGCAUAAUCUCAAAUAUUAGAUCAAAUGUAAUUAUGUUUUAUUAGAUAUUCUUCCCUAAAAACAAACUUUUACAUUCGCACAGAUAUAAAGAAAUAUAUUUUUUUAGUAAAUUGAGAUUUUUUUUUUCCCCAAAGACCACCGUGUGGCAACAAAGAAGACGUCCUCCAAAAGUUAUUUAUUUGAUAUUGCAUUUUGUUAGACAAAAUGUUGUGCAGAUUGUUUUACUUCACACACAAACAUGGCUAAUACACCAAUUAGAUGUUAGAAAGAUUGUGCUGUUUUCUGAUACCUAAACGUGUUGCUGUGUAUUAUUAGACACAGCAGUCCACACUACUGGAGAUGUUUUAUUUUUUAUUUUUUUAAUAAUCUGUGUGCAAAGAGAGAAUAUCUGAGUUCUGUGGACGUGUCUAAGAUGUGAAGAUUAAUAGUUACAUGUGGAUUUUAAGACCAACGUUUACCUCCAUUGAUCAAAUACCUUCACCUGCGUACUGGUGACUAAAGUGUGCAAUCCUGUCGACUGCAACUGAGUUGUUACGCAGAGAUGUUUACUCUCCCAAGCGAGCGAUUUCAAAAAAACGUUAACAGAAGAACGCACCGCAAAAGAACUGGAACUGGAGUCCUGGACUGGAGACUAGACUGUUCGAAGAACCUUAAGUUUUGUUUUACUGAGCCUUAUUGUAGUGCUGUUGUGCAGGGAGAGUUCUGCUAACAAGUUAAAGGGGUGAACACUCUCGACACUGUUCAAAUACCUCCUGCACUGGUCAUGGUGGAUCUAAGCACACAGGACGUUGACCUCUGACCCAAACUCCCCUCCAAAGGGCGCUUCUCAAAACAGGACGUUUUUAGGGCACAAUGCAUCCAUCUUUUUAUGCGUUUGUGAUUUCCUUACUCUUGUAUACUGUACAGUUGUUGUCAUUAUGAUUUGUGUAUUAACACUUGUUUUUUUAACUGAGCUUAUUGCCAUGCGUUGUGAUUUCCACAACGCAUGGCAAUAAGCAUUACAUGUAAUUUCACCUUCACACGUGUUUUUAAUGACUGCGUGGCAGUUAAUUUUGUUUCAGCAGUGGUCCUGAACACACAUCACAGGAAUCAAUGUUACAUAAUGCUGUGGGAAAGUAUUGGCCACACUUCGGCCCGAUAACGUCUCAAGACCUGAUUUGAUGGAAGAAGACCUGCUAGCGCCACAAUAUAAAGAAGGACGGCAACGCCUCAAUAAUGGAGUGCAUGUUAACUGUCAUCUGUGCAUUUCCCACUUUUUGAGGAGAAAAGUGUUGUUUUCCAUGUGGGUCAAGAAUCAUCUUUGAAAGUUUUUAACAGUUGUUAGUUUUACAAUAUCAACAGGUAGUACAUUGCAUUAUCCUCUAUUAAAUAUGCAUGCAUACUAAUAUGCAUGUUGGUAAACAAUGAUGUUUGUGCAAGCUGUUCACUCUUGCCACUACUACUUUGUAAUCAACCCCAUGAGAUGAUGUUCUGUCAAAAUAAAAGCUGAAACCAAA